AUGUCGGACGCUGCACCUGGUGCCGCUAUGGCACCUCAGGCAAAUCACCCUGACCCUGCUGCCGCUGCCGCUGCCGCCGCUGCUGCUCAACAACUUCAACAGGCAUCGCCUGAUCAGCAACACCAGCAGUUGCAAAGUCAACUCCAGCAGCACCAACCUCUCCAACAACAGACAUUGGCACAGCAGUCACUUCAACAGUCUCCAACUAUUCAACAUGCCCUUCAGUCGCCCAUGCAACAGCAUGACUCACCUCAACCUGUCCAGCAUGCCCUUGGAACCCCUUCUCUCGGCCAGAGUAGCACUGUCGACUCACUCACUUGCCAGUGGCUGAACUGCGGUGAACGUCACCAGACAGCUGAGGCUCUUUAUCACGUAUGCGAACGUCACGUCGGUCGCAAGAGCACAAACAACCUCAACCUGACUUGCCACUGGGGUUCUUGCCGCGUCACAACCGUCAAGCGCGAUCACAUCACAUCUCACAUCCGCGUUCACGUUCCCCUCAAGCCUCACAAGUGCGACUUCUGUGGAAAGGCUUUCAAGAGACCUCAGGAUCUCAAGAAGCACGUCAAGACUCACGCUGAUGACUCGGUCCUUCUUCGCUCUCCUGACCCGAACAUGGGCCAGAAUAGAGGCCCUGGCAACAACUACCAGCAAGGUCAGCCUGCUUCCAACGGCUACUACGGCCAUGACCUGGGAACCCCUAGCGGCUACCCUCACCCCAACCACGGCUUGAACAGCAACAACUUCUUCCAGCAGCCUCAGCAGCAGCCCCAGUAUGCCGGCUAUGGCCAGGUCAACUACCCUGCCAGCAACAGUCUUGCCGACAUCCAGAGCAUGGACACUCGCCGCCGCGCCAUCGAAGCUCUUAACGACUUCCUCGGUGAUAUCAAGCGUCGCGCUAUCGACCCUGGCAACUACUACGAUGUCGGCCAGCGUCUUCAGUCAGCCAACCUGCCACUCCCUAUCAGCACCGGCUACGGCUACUCGACUGGAAACAACUACUCCAGCAACAACAACUCGUCGUACAGCACAGCCAGCUCAUUGCUCGAUAGCUUCAACAACUCUGGCAACUUGGGCAUGACUAGCAACAACGGUGGCAGCAUGUCUCAGGGCCCUCUUACCCAGUCAUACUCGCUGCCUCUGCCCUCUAACGCCCGCACCAAGCAAGACUUGGUUGAGAUUGACAAGUUCCUCGAGCAGCUUCAAGCUACUGUCUACGAGAGCAGCAACAGUGCCGCUGCCGCCGGCGUCCAGCAGCCUGGAUCGCAUGCUCAGUACACCAACUACCCUGGAUUCAGCAGCCAGUACCGCAACAGUGAUAGCCCUCCCAACAUGCAACACUCUGGCUCCGUUUCCACCCCCGGCAUCGGUUCGCUCUCCAACAUCAACUCUAGCAGCGCUAUGGAGACUCCUGCCCUCACUCCCGCUUCCGUGUCAUCUUACACCUCUGCUGGCCAGUCUCCCAUGUCUACCCACUCUCGCUCUAGCAUGAGCAGUGCUCACGGCAGCUCCAUGUACCCCAGCCUGCCAUCUGUCACUGCCAUCUCUGACAUGGGUGCUGGUUACCCUGCAACCACUUCUGCUCCUGCAUCCGGUCUUGCAUCUGGAUUCGAGGGCUUCGAGGGUCGCCGCUACAGUGGUGGUCGUCUUCAGCGCGAGGCCCCUGCUCCUCGUUCUCAAGACAUGGACUCUGAUGCCAUGGAGACUGAAUCCGAUGGCGCCAAGACUCCUCGUGCCAAGCAACCCGAAGACUCGUCUUCUCUUGACCCUGCUCUUCGUGCUGCCUCUCAAUCAUCGACUGCUGUCCAGAGCCCUAGCACUGGUGCUGGCAGCGAUUCUGAUGAGAAGCAAGCCACUUGGGUCGAGAAUGUCAGAGUUAUUGAGGCUCUGCGUAGAUGGGUCAGCGAGAGAAUCAACAACCAAGAGUUCGAGACGGAGGCCGAGUAUCCCGAACCUCAACACGUUGAUCAUGACAUGCACAUGGAUCACCACCAGCCUUCUGACGAGAAGACUCUUGAGCCCCAGUACGAGCAGCUUCACCAUCAAGAGCCCGAGCAGCAGCAACAUGAGCAGCAGCAUGAACAGCACGAACAGCGUGAGCAGCAAGCUGCACCCGAAGGUGAACUUGACGUUUCCUAUCCUGUCCUGAAGGUCGAAGAGUAG